UUUACUUUCUCCAAUCUGGGCUCCGGCGGGUGGAUGCAAAAAGCUUCGCUUUUUAAUCCCCCCCCCCCCCCCCCCGGGAUUCACUAUUUAAAUUCGAAAUUUGAAACCGUUUUAUGACGCCUGCAAGUCAAAUAUAAAACACGAUCCAGAUCUUUUAUCCCGAAACUUCCAUAAACGCACAAGAGGGGGAAAGAGCGUCCGCGUUGUCUUCGGGGCUGGAGCCGGCGAUCUUGGAAAGGGACUGGAAGGGAAAAAGGGGGGCGAGAUGGCGGACGACAGCAGGAAGGGCGUCGCCGGAUCGGCGCCCUCCGCGGCGUACCUGCGUGCCUCCUCCGACGACCGGAAGCCGCCGGCGACGGCGGCGCUGGGGGCGGGGACGGGGGCCGCGGCCAGGAAGAUCACCUUCAAGAGCGCGGACAUGAAGGAGGAGAUGCGGCAGGAGGUCUUCGAAUGUGCUCGCAUCGCGUUCGAGAAGUAUACGGUGGAGAAGGACAUCGCGGAGUACAUCAAGAAGGAGUUCGACAAGAACCACGGCCCAACUUGGCACUGCAUUGUCGGUCGCAACUUUGGUUCGUAUGUGACGCAUGAGACCAACCACUUCAUCUAUUUCUAUGUAGAUUCGAAGGCAGUGCUGUUAUUCAAAUCUGGUUGACGAUGACAAUGAUGCUCCAGCCAGUGCCUGUAUCCUAUUUUUGGUAAAAGUACCUGUAUCCUAUUAGUUAAGAGCUUCCUAGCUUGCAAAUUCUCGCCCUGGCUUUCCUACACGUUGCCUGUAUAUCUUGGUCCAUCUGUGCAAUUAGCAAUGCGUUGGAACAUGUAAUCUGAACUGAUAAGCUUAGAAAGUAUUUACUACUGUUAGCUUAAAAUUUUAAAUGUUAAUGAUGUUUAUUGUUGCCAGGUGAGAGCGCAUGUUGAUUGUAAGCUCAGAGCUAGUUCCUUGUCAAUUAAAUCAGGAAUAUUUCUGUGCAAACAUGAGAGCUAAAAGAUUUUGUAAUGCGUGACUUGUAAUACAAUCUUGAUGCCAGUUUUGACCUGCU